AUGAGUGCUCCGUUAAUCCCAAACAAGUCAUGUUAUGCCCAGCUUCAGGACAACAACAGCGAAAUAAAAAAUAAUAAUGAAAGCAUAGUGAGUGUCGGGGAUACCAAUGCCAACCAAAUUGUGACAAAAGUUAGAACCACUGAAGGGGAUGUUAAGAAACAUGCUUUGACAGAUGAGAGUGGGAAUAUACACUCUGGAGGAUCAGAGAAAGUUGCUCACCUGAAUACAGAGCAGAAUAAACUUCUGACCUUCAGAGACUCUCGGACCUGUCACACCGGUGUACAGGAAAGUAAGCUGCCCUCCACCACCAGCAGGGAAAUGGGGAAAGAUUGUAGGACCAGCGAAGCUAAGAAUAUAUCAAGGCAUAUCAGGAUUAGCCGAGGACAAAGUCUGUCCAAUUUAAAAAGCAGCACAAAUGAUGCCAACCUGGAGGUUAUUUCCAAAGGUGAUGUUGACUUCCCCCAGAACUUUUCUAAGGGUAAAAUGCCCAGGACUGUGGAGAUGGAGAGAAUAAAAAGACUUUCUUUGGGAAGACCAAGUAAAUUUUCUCCUCAAUCUGAAACAUUUGCAAAAGACUGUGUUGGACGCGUAUCGUGUAAACGUCUGCUUUCUGCAUCAUUGGACUCCAUCGACAGGUCGCAUCAUUUGAUAGGAAAUACAGAGAAAUCACAAAAAACGUCCACGGAUCAUUUUCUUGGGAUGGUGUUUCAUCCACUUGACAAUACCUCAGAGGAAAAUAUUGUGUUUUAUUCCAAACCAUCUACCUCAGGGAACAAGAAAAUAAGUAAACCAGAAAAUGUACCAAAUGUUAAUGUUGAAAGCACACUGCAUACUUCUCAUUCUCAGCAUUCAGCGGCUAAGCCCAAUGAGGUUGCUAGUAAAUCAGAAGCACAAUUAGGUCAGGGUGAUAAAAGUAAAAAAAUGGAGCUUAAGACUGCACCAUCUCUACAAUCUAAAAAUACAUGUCAACAAAAGAUUGAGAGAAUUAUGCUGGUGGAGUUCCUGGGAUGUCAAGAAGAUGAAAAUACAGCAGUGCAGGAGCAGAAAGGCUCUGGGUCUGAUGCAUCAAAAUUUCAAGCAUCCCAUUUUCAAGACACCUGUAAUAGAGUAGAGGAUCCAUUGUCAAGCCAGGUGGUAACCUAUCCUGAUGACAAAUUGCUAAGUGAUAACGUCACCAUCGGUCGGGAAGGGAGAGGAAGCAAUGACAGUGACAACAGAGCAGCUAGCCAGGUUGGUGAGGAAUAUUUUACUGACAAAGAAGAAGAAGCAAUAUUCCCACUCAGCUGCGAUAGUAAAUCCAGUGGCAAAGUGACACCUAGAAAAAAUGAGAAUUUACAUGAAGUUGACGCAGGUUGUGCUGAAACAGUUGGUGAGGAGAUAUCUCUUAUACAUAACAUUAAUCUACCUGACAGCAAACCCUUGAACGUUAAUGAGAAUAAACUGACGCUCGUCAAAGACAACACCAAGGAUGCUGCCGUGGCUGCUUCUGAUCUCCCAGAUCAGCACGGAGCGCGCAGUGCAGAGACAGUGUCAAACCAACCUGACAACCACGACAGUGAUUCAGAAACCUCAAGCUUUUCAGUUCCAAGUAAAAAGACAGCUAAUGCACAGAAACAUCCUUCAGAGGAAGCAGCAGAGAGCUGUAAUGUUUCAGCAAAGGCUGAUGCCUUUUUAUGUGUCCCAACUCCCGUGCGCCCGGUGGCAACGCUGGAUGUUAAUAGUCAGCCCACACUAUCAAACAGUAAUUUGAAGGACCUUUAUGCACUUCAUGUUGACAAACUGUCACCCUCCUCAGUCCUACCUCCCAUUGACAGUACGCAGUUGUUAAACAUAUCCCCUAAAGUGCCUAUCAAGACUGCUUGCAGCAGUGCCAUCCCAAAACCUAUCCUGGUCCACUCCAAGGGCUCUCUGACAGAUAAAGUGGCUGUGGACAGUGACUGCAGUGAAAAGCUGGAAGAAAGCAUCGAGAUGAAACCUGCCAUACCCAGGCCCAAACCUGUGAGACCUAAAAUCAUCACAUACAUUAGGAGAAACCCUCGUUCAAUAGAGCAGCUUGACCCUUCGUUUGCACCAGCGGGGCUGCCCUUUGGUAGCCCUGCGUGUGGCAUGCCCAUCUCUACAGAACAGAAGGCAUCCAACGGAGGGGAGGCGAAGCCCCCCAGCAUCUUGUACGACAAAUUUAAACCUGACCUCCAGAAGCCAAGACUCUUCAGUUCUGGUCUGGUGGUGUCAGGAAUUAGGCCCCCAGGACAUCACUUCGGUCCAAUGAGCGAAAAGUUUCUGCAGGAGGUUGGGGAAAGACCUGCAAAAGAUGAAUUUUGCCCUCCACCAUAUACUCACUAUGAGGUCCCACCAAGUUUUUAUCGAUCUGCCAUGAUACUCAAGCCACAGUUAGGACUGGGUGCAGUGUCCAGGUUACCAUCUGCAAAGAGCAGGAUUCUCAUUGCAAGUCAAAGAUCCUCAGGUAGCUGUCUCCAUCAGCAAGGAGAAAUAACGAGUGCUCCCAGCCUCUAUCAUCCUGAUGCUUCAGUUGAUCUUAAGAAAGGCUCAUGUCCAAGUGCUGCAAAAUCAAACCUCCCCAAGCCCUGCCAGUCUGGACUUCGUCCUCCAGGUUAUGCACGGUUGCCAGCAGCUAAGCUGGCUGCAUUCGGUUUUGUCAGGAGCUCAAGCGUAUCCUCUGUCUCCAGCAACCAGUCAAACGACAGUGCUCAGAAUGAUCAAAGCAGGACAACCAACCGUUCCAGCUUUGGAAAUGAAGAGCAAACCACUCCUAAGGCAUCUGCACCUUCUAAAGACAUCCCCAAGGGGACCAGCAAGAGCACAACGCAGGUAUCAAGCAGCACAGCGACUCCACGCAGGAGCUUACUUCCAGCACCAAGAACUGCCACAGCACCUGCUG